AUGCGCUUGAUACCUAAAGGCCUGACUCGAUCAUCCAUGUGGCUUAGUUCACAGAUUUAUUUCAGAGAGGCGCCACAUAAAAGCCAGAGACCUUAUUGUCACCAGAACAACCAAGUUCCGAAUCGUACUAGCAGAAUUUGGGAUCAAAACCCCGUUAUUGUACGUGAUGCAUGUACAUGCCACAUGUGUGUGGACGGGAAUUCAGGCCAGAAAAACUUCCGGACUACCGACAUUCCCCGUAAUAUCACACCUAGAAAUUGUGAGCUGGUCGAAGGAGGUGUGCAGAUUCAGUGGAAAAAUGAUAUUCCAGGAUUUGAGUCUCAUAAAACCUUCUUAACUCAUCUCCAGGUACAAUCGUCUGAAGGACAAAUUAUUAUCAAAGACGUUGAAGAACAAAUGUUAACAUGGGACAAAUUUCAAUUGAAUCAGAGUCUACCUGCAUUGCGCUUUAACUACCAGUCAUACUUGGAUGAGGACCAUAUCUUGCACCAAGUCUUGUGUAAGAUGCAGAAAUGGGGAAUAGUUUUCUUUGAACAAGUACCAGAAUCCGAAAAAGCUGUCGAAGCAAUAGCAGGUCGUUUAGGCCCUCUUCGUAACACUUUUUAUGGACAAACAUGGGAUGUCAAGUCCAUUCCUGCUGCUCAUAAUGUUGCAUAUACUAACAAGUAUCUUGGUCUCCACCAAGAUCUACUUUAUAUGAAGAUCCCACCAGGCAUGCAAAUCUUACAUUGCCUUCAAAACUCAUGUCAAGGAGGUGAGUCUCUAUUUAGCGAUGCAUUUAGGGCCGCGGAACAAAUAUCAAGCAAAGCAUACAAAGUUCUGAGCGAAGAGCAUAUAUUUUACCACUAUCAUAAAGUUAAUGAACAUUACUUUUGCUCACACCCAAUUUUCGAAAAUGACCAAAAUUCCAACCCAAAUUCCUGCAAACCAAUACCGUCAUUCGUAAAUUAUUCACCACCAUUUCAAGCUUCAUUUCCAUGGGGAACUAGAUUUGUAAGAUCACAGAAAAUCCUACAGAGCCUUACAGAAUUUGAGGAGAUAGUAGAAUCAACAAGAAAUCUAUUUGAAUACAAGCUAAAACCGGGCGAAUGUGUGAUGUUUAACAAUCGUCGUAUUCUACAUGGUAGAAAAGCUUUUAAUACUACAGAUGGUAAGAGGUGGUUAAAGGGCUGUUACCUUGACACUGAAGUUUUCAUGAGUCGUGCGAGGACCGUUCAUGAAAGAUUUAGGACUCGUCAAGAGUCUGUUGAGGCAAAUAUCGAUUAA